UGCGUGUCGUGUUGAUGAAUGCUAAAACUGGAUAGUCAACAUGUCUACCGCUGCUGCUCAACAAAACAAUAACGAGGAGCCCGUGCUUCACGUUUGCCCUUAGGUUUGAACCUUUACCCCACCAAUGACGAUUUCCCUUCCUUCUGCCCUCUUGAUGCUUCUGGGACUAAGGCUCUUGGGUGGAGCUGGAGCUGAAUGGAAACACAGGGGCCCAGAGUGUGCAGAACAGCCUGUUAGUGACACCUGCUGCUGACCAAAUAAAUGCAAAUACUGGCACUAGUCAAACAAUGCAGACCAUGGAAGUGGUAUCUGAAAAUGAUGAAACACUUAUUGGAGGGUUGGAGCAUGUGCCUUCAUCCUCCUCUAUCCACAAUGGAGACAUGGAAAAGAUCCUCCUGGAUGCACAACAUGAAUCAAGCCCGAGUAACUCCUCCUGUGACAGUCCCCACAGGCCACCAAGUCCAGAACAGGAUGAGGGACAAAUAACGUUUGACGUGGAGAUGUCCAGCCUGAGGGGCAGCCAGUCAGAUGAAGAUGGCGCUGAGAGGGACAGAGAGGAAGACAUCCUAAUGAGCAAAGACGUAGACUGGGUUGCUGACUGGUCCAGCAGACCAGAAAACAUUCCACCAAAGGAGUUCCACUUUAGGCACCCCCGGCGUUCAGUGUCUCUCAGUAUGAGAAAGAGUGGGGUCAUGAAGAAAGGUGGUAUCUUCUCUGCCGAAUUCCUCAAAGUCUUCAUCCCUUCCUUACUCAUUUCACACAUUUUUGCUCUUGGCCUCGGGGUGUAUAUUGGGAAGAGAAUUGCCACAGCCUCCACCAGUUCUUACUGAACAGAAUAUGAAGCAGUGCCUGGAUGUUCUUCUGUCUCCAAGUCUUUCAACCAUCCUUGUGUGCUGUAUCUCUGCAUCUAAUGUACACCCACACAUCCUUUCCAACCAACAUUUAAUUCUCACACCGUAGAUGUUAAUUACAGAGGUAUACAUGUUGCGUAAUGUGGUUGCACUCCAUCACAUCCUCCACUAGGCAACAGUGAACCUAGCAGCUUUUACUUGAAUCCAGUAGAAAAAAGGUUUUGUUAUGGCUGGAAAACACAUGUCAUUCUACUAAACACGUGACAAGGAUUUGAUACCAGAUGGCUUCACAGUAUGGAAGUUUUCUUAAGUUUCUCCACUUGGUAUGAGUCAUGAGAAAGCUGGCCUUUUCUGAAUCUUCAUCUCUUCUCUGGUGUCUCAAGGCAGAGUGUAUAAUCCAAAACACACUUUAGUCCAAGCUAAUUGAAUUGGCUCUGGGAACAGAAUGGACAUUUAUCGCCUUAACUCUUUGAACUUUGGUUGACUCCUGAGAGUUUCUUUUAACAGCUUGUUUUCUUGAUGGGUGAAAAGUUGAAAUCUAGUAUUUAAGCACCAAAAUUUUACAGUGGGGUUAUUUGGGUUUGUUCUAAUAGAGGAACCAGGGCUAGAUGGCAAUUGACCAGCCCAUAUGCUAUUUUAUUCCUUUUUGCCUACAUAUCUUCUUUAACAUAUAAUAUAGCAGCAAAGGCAAAGUGCCAAAUUUAUAUUAUUCACCACUGCACAUCGGUGAUUUAGCUUAGUCUCUUUGGACUUUCUUAUAUGUUUAGGUAUUUAAAGACGUAGCUGUGAAGACAUAAUUUAAACUGUGAUCUGCGCCAUGUAAUAGACACCUUUUGUCAUUGCAUCAUUUGUUUAUGCAUUGAUAUUAAUACAUAUUAUAUCUGAUGCAUUGUGGCAGUGUUAGUAAUGCAUUUUUGAUGUUGUUCAGUUGUUAAAUCGUCAGUGGCAGAAAUCACCACAAAGGAAUAUAUACCCCGAAGCCUCAUUUAGGAGCGUCUGAUUCAUAUCUAGAGUUCACUGUGCAGUCAUUUCACAUAUUAAGGCACAAUAGGUAAGUGCACAGUAUAUGUAAAACUUCUAGAAAAUGAUAGACAAAGACAUGGACUCUAGGAAUCUUUAAGACAAUGCAUGUGAAUUCUGUGCUUCGAUGCUGACUGAACGGCUCAUUGUUUCUUCUGUUUGUGUUUGUAAAUUGAAGAUGUAAUCACAUGAAACAUCAGUGACCAUCAUGUACAUUAACUGCUCUAUUGGUUUUCAAGCUUCCAGCUUGCAUUUAAGCUUUAUAGCAUUACACAGCUCAGAAACUGUACAUAUCAUCCUAACAGGCUCAUGUACAGUGAACCAGAGUGCAAUAUGGAGCAUUUUGGAAGUUGAAUAAAGUUUGUACUGUAUACAGUGGCUGAUAUGUACAUCGGAAGUGAAUGGAGCGUUAGAUAUGCCAUAAUAACUAAUAAACGGCACAUAUCAUCA